GCGGUUUUAAUGUGACAAAAAGGGCCGAAAACGACUUCGAUUAUGGAGAAAAACAACCAAAAUGCCAUCGGCAACAAUGUACAGGAUGGAGACGACGAUUCGCUCAGAUCGCUCAGUUCCGAAGACAUUUCCCAAAUGACUUCCAGAAGGUACUGCUGUGCCAAGUCUAUCAAUCCUGCUGAUGGAAGGGGACGAAAACUGCAUCUGCUGCAAAUGUUAGUGUUGCCCUUUAUACCGAUUAUGGCGCUGAUCGUGCAAACUUGUCUAAUGCUGAACAACAUCAUGAUUUUUAAACAUGACAGCAUCGAAGUUGAAAAUCAGGUUACGUUUGCAACAGAGUUAGGAAAAGUGGUGACUAGAAUGCAACUGGAACGAUCAGAAGUAGCUUUUUUCGUCUACACAUCUAAUAUAGACACAAGAUUUAAGUUGGAUAAUUUGGGCAAAAGAUUUCAAUUAACGAACGAAGCCAUAGGUAAUAUGAGUUUUUGGCCUAAGCUACAAUUACAAUUCAAGGACAGCAAAACAAUAUAUUUAGACAAAGCAACCUUCUUGCAAAAUCUUACCACUUUUAGGUAUAAAAUAAAAGAGGAUACAACUGUGGAACAAGUACUUACUUGGUAUACAACUGUAAAUGCCGCCAUGUUGGAUCACUUAACCACUCAUAUUAAGGAAACAAAUACCAGUGGGGUAUGGAGAUAUCUGUUGGCUUUCAAAAAUUUAUUGAAGAGUAUCGAAAGUACCGGCAUAGCCAGCGUUUAUGGGGUAAACUACUUUGGAAAAGGAUAUCUGAAAUCGCAAAAUUACAUUAGCUACAUUCAACACGACUCCAUAGCUAAGGACUUAUUAAAUACUUCCCUGAAUUACGUGGCUAAAUUAAAGGAGGAAUACAAAGUUCUGGCACAUACUAUGAAUAACUAUGGAAAUAUCCGAAUAACACACGAAGUCAUUAUGAAGAACGAGAAAAGACACCCUAAUUAUACAGAAGCCUUAAACUAUUUUGAGUCGAUUGCUCUGUAUACGGAUGAGCUGAGAAAACUGCAAAGAUCAUUGAGAAUGACGAUUGGAGAAAAUGUAAGCGAAAAUUUAUACGUUGCCGCACACCAAGAAGCAAUAGGCAUUGCACUGCUCAUAGUGGUGCUAGCUGUUUCUCCAGUUAUUAUUUGGUUAGUUCACAAUGCAGUUGCCACAAUACAGGUCUAUGCAGGAAACUUAUCCAAAAAAGCAAAAGAACUUAAACGAGAAAAAAAGAAAAGUGAUCUGUUACUUUUCCAAAUGCUUCCUCCAAGUGUAGCAACACAAUUAAAACAAACUAGACAAGUUCCUGCAGAAUAUUAUGCAUCGGUUACAGUAUAUUUUAGUGAUAUUGUGGGAUUUACAGAAAUUGCUGCUAAAAGUACUCCUUUAGAGGUAGUUACAUUCUUAAACAAAAUAUAUAAACAGUUUGAUGCCAAAAUCGAAUGUUAUGAUGUUUACAAAGUAGAAACGAUUGGUGACUCGUAUAUGGUAGCAUCUGGGUUGCCAGUGAAAAACGGCAAUAAGCAUGUAUCGGAGAUAGCCAGCAUGGCUUUAGACCUGCUCGCGGGAACGAAGCAUUUUAAAAUCCCUCACAGAAAAUCGGAGAAAUUACAAAUAAGAUCUGGUGCUCAUACAGGUCCAGUAGUCGCGGGUAUCGUUGGCUCAAAGAUGCCCAGAUACUGUUUAUUUGGAGAUACAGUUAAUACAGCUUCUAGAAUGGAAUCUACGGGUGAAGCUUCUAAAAUUCACAUAAGCUUAGAAAUGAAGAAAGCAUUAGAAGCCAUUGGAGGAUAUAAAAUUGAAGAAAGGGGUUUGGUAGAGGUCAAAGGUAAAGGAUUAAUGGAGACAUUUUGGCUAACUGCUAAACAAGGAGGCACGCAAAAUACUGUUGAAAUAGGAGCACCGUCAUUCUUUGCUGAGGAUGAAGACAUGGAGCCAGUAUUCAUCAAGAGGCUACGAAACGAAAGUUACUUUUAAGUUGUUUAAUAAUAUUGAUAGGCAUAGAUGUAAGAAAAUAUAUCUAUUGAACAUUCGUUCUUUAAACUAUAUGGCGUAAAUAAAUGUUUAAAAAUUCUCUACUUCUAAAAAGACAUUUAAUGUUGAUCUCCGCACAUUUUAAUCUGUGAUGCGAUUAAUUGUAGUCAUUAAUUUAUUUCACUUUGUAUGCAAUUCUAAACCUAUAUUAGGUAGAAAAUGUUUUAAAUGUAAGUGCAAUGGUUUUUAUUUUUUUAUAUCUGUUUUAUGGAAUAUAUUAUGUAAGUACAAAUAAUCAAAAAUAAG